AUGGGUUCACUACAAGAGACUACAUGGACUGGCACAGCCUAUGUUCAAGGCAGAGCCUCAGCUAAGCUCCUCGCAAGCAACCUCGAACUGAGCUUCUGGGGAGGUGUCGACCCUCAGACAAGCGAAGUUAUAGACCGCCAUCAUACACUGAGCGGGAAACAUCUCCAAAACACCAUCCUCGCUAUACCGGGAGGUCGAGGAUCAUGCACUGGAAGUGGAAUUAUGCUUGAGCUUCUUCUCAAUGGAAAAGCUCCUGAAGCAAUCAUCUUUGAAAGACGAGAGGACAUUCUUACUCUGGGUGUUAUGAUUGCUGAAGAAGUCUUUCAGCAGUCUAUUCCAGUACUGGUGCUGAAGAAAGAAGAUUUCCGACAACUUCUCAAGCUAGAUGGACAAAUACUUUAUGUGGACGAUGGCCAUAUUUCCACCGCCCCUAUCCUGUCAAAACACACAGACUCAGCCAGAGAUCCUGAAAGUGGUCUCAUUCUCGAGACUGCACCCGCCCUAGAAGGUAUAAAGCUCUCAACCCUCGAUCAAGAGCUUUUCAGGGGAGACUACGGCGAAGCAUCCCGCGUGGCAUUCCGUAUAGUCCUCCGCAUGGCCCAUCUACUCGGUGCAACACGUCUCAUGGACAUAACCCAAGUUCACGUCGACGGCUGUGUCUAUACAGGUCCUGCAACACUCGCGCUCGCAGAAAGACUUCGUGACUGGGGUGGUAAAGUGCGCGUCCCAACAACACUCAACUCCAUCUCUGUCGAUCAAAAACGAUGGCGAGCUUUGGGCGUUGACACUGCUUUUGGAGAAGCGGCUGAUGCGCUGGGAAAGGCGUAUGUGGACAUGGGAGCGAAGCCAACGUAUACUUGCGCACCAUAUCAACUUGAUAGUGCGCCUAAAUUGGGCGAGCAGGUUGCUUGGGCGGAGAGUAAUGCUGUUGUUUAUGCGAAUAGUGUUUUGGGAGCUAGGACAAUGAAGUAUCCCGACUUUCUCGACAUAUCUAUUGCUUUGACGGGCAGAGCGCCGAAAGGAGGGCCUCAUAUAUAUGCCAAUCGACUGGCUUCUGUCCGCGUCGCUGUUAGCGGGAUAGAGAAUAUCCCGGGUCUUGACGACUCGUUUCCUCCUCUCCUCGGCUACUAUGUUGGUACUCUAUCAACAAGUCGCAUUCCUGUACUAACAGGUCUUGAAACAUACGGCCUUUCUACAGACGACUUGAAGGCCUUUGGCGCUGCUUUCGCAACUGUCUCAAGCGCUCCAAUGUUUCACAUUGUUGGCGUAACGCCAGAGGCAACCACGCUCGAAGCUGUCGUCGCCUCUGAGCUCACCACUUUCGAAGUGAAACCCAGUGAUCUAGUCAAUUGCUGGGAUAAACUCAACAGUGCACCAAUAAACCAGCCUCUCGAUCUAGUAUCCCUCGGCAACCCACACUUUUCGCUCUCCGAGAUGCGAAAGCUCGCAGAUUUAUGUCUAGGGCGGAAAAAAGCUGCGAAUGUUGCUGUUGUGGUUACGUGUGGACGAUCUAUAUACAAGUUAGCAGAGCAAGCAGGCUAUAUAAGCAAGCUUGAGGAGUUUGGAGUACAGGUUUUGACGGACACAUGCUGGUGCAUGAUUACAGAGCCUGUUAUACCGCGGGCAGCAAAGACUAUCAUGACGAAUUCAGGCAACCCUGCCGCCCAAGAUGCAGGCUUCACAAGACCACCGAUGAACAAGCUUUUGGCGGCAGUUUCGCAAAGUGGCAAACGUUCUAGAGAACCUGUACUUCAACAAGACGCCAUGAAGAACCCGUGGACGUUUCCCGGGCCUUUGGUUCUGCCAGACGACGAACUAGCAGUGGAACCCGAUGAUGACGGACAGACGUUCAAGGAGUGGCUCGAUAUGCCAUCGGAAGAUGAAAGAAACCAAGUCACGACAGAAAAGAAGACUAUUUACGUCAUCUUACCGCCUACCAUUCCUCAAGAUUCGGAGAAGACGAUGAAAGAUUGGCACAAACCUGUUCUACCUGGAUCAGCUCAAGACUUGGAUAAGUGGACGUCUUCAACGCCUCGAGUCAAUGAUUUGAUCAGUUACCUGCGCGCCUUUUAUCAUGGCAUGAACGUUGUCCAGUACCAAGAAACUUUCACAUGGCGACCAUGGAACGAAAAGCCAAAAGCACGCUCAAAAACAACGAAAAUCGGACUUGAAACUCCAGGGGAACCAGAAGUAUGGGAUGUUAGAUGUCGACCAUCUUUGGACGGGCGUGCUAGGAUGCAGGUCAACUUGGACGACGUUGCGGAUGCUCUUCUACAGAGAAUACCCAAUGAUGCCUUCGCUGUCAUCAUGCUCACAGACUACGACUUGUAUGAAGAUGAGGAUGAUGAUUUUACUGUUGGUAGGGCAUGGGGUGGGAGCAGAGUCUGCAUCGUUUCCUCGUUUCGAUACAAUCCUGCAUUGGAUGGCCCAGCUGGGAUAGAUCGGAUGCACAUGUGGCCCAAUUCUCACUGCAAGACAUUCGUGGAUAACGAGUACAAAGCUGCCGCAGAGGAAGAAGAACCUCGACUUGCGAAAAGAGUCAAGAAAUCGAGCAGCGCAGCAUAUGGAAAACCACCACCCGACUCUGCACUCAGCCUCGCCGUCCAAGCAGCAAAACGAGUCCCCAAACUCACGACAAGAGACGAACUCGCAAGCCAUUGGUUCGCCCGCCUAGCAGUUACGGUGUCACACGAACUAGGCCACUGUUUCGGCUUCGCACAUUGUCCAUACUACGCAUGUGUCAUGCAAGGCGUGAACAGUGUCCGGCAGGAUGGCCAAGUGCCGCCUUAUCUUUGUCCAGUGUGUUCAGCCAAGUUGGCCUGGGAACUUGGACCGUUAUUGGAUGGCAGUGGAAGUCGGGCUGAGAAGCAAGAGGUUUGGGUAGGAGAGCAGAUUGUUGCUCUGAAGGGGUUUUGUGGGAGGUGGAGCCAUGUUGCUCAGUUUGCAGGCUUUGAGGCUUGGUUAGGGAAGAGGUUGGAAGAUAUGAAAGGGAAGUAA